UCGCCCAGAAAUAAAUAAUUGAGAACUGGCACCAGUAUCUUGUUUCCUAGGCACUUACUGCGCCGUCCCACGCAGUGCAGUCAGUGUUUUUUUGGUUUGAUUACAGUGGGUAAUGGAACAGGAAGGUUGUGUGGUGUUUGAGCUGGUCAUUUUGUAAUAAUAGCGUUUUGUCACGAGCUCGUGCUAGGGAAGUGAAGACUCUUCGCGGCCAUCACCGGACCGCGGAGUUGGAGAAGCAACUAUCAAUUGCCAGCUGCAUUGUGCAGCAUCGGCAGUUAUGGCAGCGGUGGAUGUCAACCGGAUCUUUCAGUACGCUAUGGAGGAUAAAGUGGAGGAGCUACAAGCAGAGAUACUUGAAGAUGGUGUUCUCAAAAAAGAAAUCAAAUUGCGAAAUUUGGGUUUGAGCGGACCAUUGUUGGCAAGGUUACUGAGGGAUGCCUGUGGCCACAAUGCUACUUCUGUUGUCAGGUUCUUGGCAAGCACUGUUGACAAGCACAUGCUGAACCAUCAAGGGUAUUACAGUCUCCCUUCUUCUCCGGGACCAUAUAUCGAACCCUACGGUUGCGCUCUUCAUGCAGCUGUUAAUCGUGGCUCCGCUAAGUGUUUACAGUAUUUGCUUGAUGCCGGUGCGGAUACAUACGUAACUGAUCGUUAUGGAAGGACACCACUUCACCAUGCCAGUGAGCGGGGUCAUAUCGACUGUAUGCGGCAUCUACUGGACAGCAAAGCCAAUCCAUACCAACGUGAUGCGGAUAAACGGACACCACUUCACUAUGCCACUAUUGAGAACAAGGCCGACUGCGUUCUGCAUCUACUGCGUGCUGGAGCUAACCCAGAUCAAGAAGAUAAGGCAGGUUAUGGAACAGACAUUUGA